AUGACGCUCGCGCCGAAGGAGCUGUCCAACCUGCUGAGCAUCAUCUCGGAGGAGGCAUGCACCAACACCUUCGAGGGCCUCUCCACACAUUUCCAUCACUACUUUGGGAAAGCGGAGCACUUCCGUGUGGGCUCGGUGCUGGUGAUGCUGCUGCAGCAGCCGGACCUGCUGCCCAGCUCCCCCCAGCGGCUCACCGCCCUCUACCUGCUCUGGGAGAUGUACCGCACCGAGCCGCUGGCCGCCAACCCCUUCGCCGCUGUGUUCGCGCACCUGCUGAACCCCUCACCCGCUGGGGAGGAACCGGAGAAGCUGCUGUCUGGCUUCCUGCCUCCCAUCACGCAGCCCGAGAAGUUCUUCCUGUCCCAGCUGAUGCUGGCGCCGCCGCGGGAUCUCUUCAAGAAGACGCCCAGACAGGUUUCCUGCAUGGACGUCGGCAACAUGCCGCAGUCCAUCGACAUCAGCGGGCUGCAGCUGGCGUUGGCAGAGCGUCAGUCGGAGCUGCCCACUCAGAGUAAAGCCAGCUUCCCCAGCAUCCUCAACGACCCCGAUCCAGACUCCUCCAACUCGGGAUUCGACAGCUCCGUGGCCAAUCAGAUCAUCGAGUCGCUGGUCACAGGGCCCCGCCCUCCACUGGAGAGUCACUUCCGGCCCGAGUUCAUCCGGCCGCCUCCGCCGCUGCACGUGUGCGAGGACGAGCUGGCGUGGCUGAACCCCACCGAGCCUGACCACGGCGUCCAAUGGGAUCGCUCCAUGUGUGUGAAGAACAGCACCGGCCUGGAGAUCAAACGCAUCAUGGCCAAGGCCUUCAAGAGCCCGCUGUCCGCCCAGCAGCAGUCCCAGCUGCUGGCGGAGCUGGAGAGAGAUCUGAAGCUGGUGUACCACAUCGGUCUGUCUCCGGCCAAGCUGCCCGACCUGGUGGAGAACAACCCGCUGGUUGCCAUAGAGAUGCUGCUGAAGCUGAUGCAGAGCAGCCAGAUCACCGAGUACUUCUCCGUCCUCGUCAACAUGGACAUGUCUCUGCACUCCAUGGAGGUCGUCAACAGGUUGACCACGGCUGUGGACUUACCUCCAGAGUUCAUCCACCUUUACAUCUCCAACUGCAUCUCCACCUGUGAGCAAAUCAAAGACAAGUACAUGCAGAAUCGUCUGGUGCGUCUGGUCUGCGUCUUCCUCCAGUCGCUGAUCCGCAACAAGAUCAUCAACGUGCAGGACCUGUUCAUCGAGGUCCAGGCCUUCUGCAUCGAGUUCAGCCGCAUCCGAGAGGCAGCCGGCCUCUUCCGACUCCUCAAGACCCUGGACACGGGAGAGAGCCCGGCCGAGGCCAAACCUGCCAAAUAACAAUCCUCGCCGCCAGAGACACUGCACAGACAGCUGGAGUGGCCCGAGGAACACCCUUCAUGUCUCGGUG